UCUUCAGUACACGGCCGUGGAUGUACACGGCGCAUGUGCUGGGCACGUGAUAUCAAAGUUGAUGAACGGCGUUAGUGAAUUGGGGUUAGUGAACAAGAAAAAUGCGGAAGAAUGCAGUAAAACAAAGUUUUACCAAACACCUUCGAAUUCUAUCUGCCCUAGAAGAACAGUCAUUCGCCCUCGACCUUCUCUCCCACUCCUGCUUCCUCGGCUUCUUCCUCAAGCGCUCUUAGCGACGCACCUCGCCUCUCCACUUCUCGCGCAUCUCGGCGGAGUUCCCGACUCCGAUUCGUGGCAGCUCGGUCCUCCUCUCCCUCUCGCUAACCCCAAUGUCAUAGAAAGAAUAGCACAAGUCUUCGCCUUUCAUGGCGACCCUGCGACUCCUGCACGGUCCAUCCUCCAACCGAAGCUAAACCCUCCCAAAGCCCUCCUCUCCAUUCGAGAUUCUUAUGGCGGUGCACGGGUUUGGAAGAAAUGCCAGCCCAGUGCUGUUAAUAUGUGCUCGUGGAGCUCAGCUGCUAGUUAUGUGACACCUCCUGGUGGCGUUGCUAAGUUUUCUGGCAAUCCCAUUGUCGUGAAGGAGCAAUUGUUGCAAAAGAGAGCUGGAACUGUAAGGGGUGCUACUAUUGAAGAAAUAGAAGCGGAGAAGUCUGUGAUUGAAAAAGAUGCUAAAGGCAGGAUGGAAAAGACUAUUGAAACGGUACGAUCCAAUUUCAAUUCUAUUCGGACAGGGAGAGCAAGCCCAGCCAUGCUGGGCAAGAUUGAGGUUGACUAUUAUGGAAGUCCAGUUGGCUUGAAGAGCCUUGCUCAAAUUAGUUCUCCUGAUGGAACUUCCCUAUUGCUUUCGCCAUACGACAAAUCCAGCUUAAAGUCUAUUGAGAAGGCCAUAGUUGCCUCUGAUCUUGGCAUGGACUCCAAAUAAUGAUGGACAGGUGAUACGGUUGACCCUGCGUCAACUCACAUCAGAUAGACGGAAGCCAUUGACAAAGUUGUAUCAAAACAAGCCGAAGAAUUUUUAUACCAUUUGUGUCUAAUAUGAGGCAUCAUCAUCUGUGCCGGGGUUGGUGGUGGGGAUAACAACGGAGGAUCAGAUAAUGGAGUAGCCGUGAAUAGUGCGGUGGCAGGUAGCCUCAAAAAAGUGUUGAUUUUGAUGAGCGACACCGACGGUCAUCGAGCUUCCGCAGAAGCUAUUAAGGCAGCCUUUAAUGAAGGAUUUGGUGAUGAAUAUCAGGUCAGUUAGUAGUCAUUGUCUACUCUUACUACCUGAUUAGCCUACAUACUCUCUGAUUCCUUGACUAAUUUGGGAAUGAAUAGAAUUGGCAUCUUUUUUUUAUUCCAGAUCUUCUUGAUAUCAUGUACAAUUAUGAAACGUGAGAAUAUGUUAAUUACUUUCACCUCCUCCGUAUGAAAUUUAUAUCCAUUCAUUUUGUUGUCUCUCAUUUGACCCUUUGGGAAUAUCUCUAAGUCUUGCUCAUGUCGUCUAUUGACUAAUAAUCUGAUUAAUCUCUCAGUAUUAGAUGUUCAAUGAAUAAUAGUUUCACUAAUGAUUAUGGAUUAGAUUACAGAAAAAUAGUUGUUUCCUUAAUCCUGUUAUGAACUCAAAAUUACUUGUGUCAGUUCUACUUCAUAUUAAUAUCCUAGUUUAAAGCACUAUUUUUUCUGGAACAAUCCCUUUUUUAGUGGUAGACUCAUAUUAGGUAUGCCUUCAUGUCCCCUCUGUUGUUUCUAAAGCUCCUUUCUGAUGUACAGGAGUUAUUUCUGCCACUUUAUAUUAGCUCUUGAGCAAUUUUUAGCUGUUUUUGUAAUUAUGGAAGGAAAAAAAAAAACAAUUAGAAAAUCUUCAGCACGAAAUAAGAUUUGAGGGAAUAUUAGAGGAGAUGAGCAUAAAUUUUGACCUCAGCCACCCUGUUUUCUGUCUUGCUAAAACCUUUGACAUAGAUGCUACUGGAUUGUGUAAGAUACAGAGGACAAUGAUGCAUUUACGUAUUAGUCAAGGGAAGCUUCUUUUAUAGCAUAAGAAAUCAAUAUUAUGCUUUUGAUCAAUAUGUGCUGUAGUUUUUUAAUCUUCUGCUUCCCUCUUCACCUGAAUUUUGCAGUAGGAAGUACGAAAAUGAAUCAGGUUCUGUUAUAAGCAUAUUAGUUCUGCUAAUAUUUCUCACGCUUCCUGCCAGUAUUCAUAAAGUACUUGGCUAAUGGAACUUCCCACAAAUCUUUUUUCUAUUGAUCUUGGUUGGUGUAAGUAUUUCAUGUUAACAUUCUGUUGCUGAGGUGCAUUUAUUGAACAGUUGGAAUUUUUUUAUAUAAAAAAUGAAGUCAAUCUACUAAUUUGGUGGGUGGAGUUUGUUGCGGUGAAAUGUACAUUUGGACUUGUUUCCACUGUGUUUGAUAAUUUGGCAUAUAUCUUUUCUUAGACCAUCUUUCAAUAAUGUAAUUUGACGGACUUCAAUAUGGGCAGCAUCACAUUCUAUAUUUGUUGUCAUUGUGCCCGAGUCUUUGAAACAACUGGGCUAUAGUCUGAUAUGAUUGUUGUCAUUGUGCUCGAGUCUUUGCAACAACAGGGCUAUAGUCUGAUAUGAUUGUUGUCAUUGUGCUAGCAUGCAUCCUAAGUGGAUUGUCUGUGCUAGCAUGCAUCCUUCUUUUUGGAAAACUUUUAGCGUCAAUAUUUCUAGCUUUCAAACUUUACUAUGAUCCUGCAUAGGCAGUACAUAAAGUUAUUGUUUCAAGCUUUCUUUUCUUCAUGAUUGGAUGGGAGUCUGCUAUAUAUUGUCAGUUUAUGUCUAUAAUUGAAAGGCUGACAUUUGAAAUUCUUAAUCUCUUAAUGAGCUUGGUGAUGCUAUGGAGACUUGAUCCGGCUGGUCGCAAUGCAUGUUUGGGUAGUGAAACAACAACAUGGACUUCAAACAAUCAGGUCUUGCGGAGAUGCCUGCUCUAGUUCUUCAAAUGACUUACUUUUGGUGAGGCAGACAUCAUUCUUGCUGCAAGAAGUCCCUUGAACAGGGGUUGUACAUCUCACAAUUGGGGACUUCCGCAAGGAUUUGAAAGGUGUGACCCCUAGGUCCUAGGAUGAGGAUCUUGACUUGAAUCACUCUGAGAAUUAUUUUGAGAGCGAAUGUUAAGAGAUAAGAACAGAUGAAGGAGCUCUCAUCAGUUUGCCUACCAUAGCUGAAGGGGUAGGUUCACUCUGGAUCAGGCCAUUAAGAAGAAACUCGAUGGAGAUUAUGAAUCAAUACUUAGUUGUGUGCUAUGAAAUACUAGUGGUCUUUGUCGUGUACUAUGAGAAUGCAUUACAAUUUGGGAUUGGUAUCUACAAUUUGGUGUUAGAGCUUCUGUUAAUUAUGGGUUUUCUUGUUUGCAUAUUUCAAGAAUAUUGGAGCAGUUACUAGGAAAAUUUCUUCUUGUGAAGAAGAUUCAAUUCUUGUAUCCAGUGAGGGUAAUACGGGGAUUCUGUUAAUUUCUACUGGUUAAUCCCAAUUGAAGCAUAAGAAAAUACCUUAAGUCGGAGCAAUUUGGUUG